GAACGCUCAGGGAGAGCCUAGCAGCUCCGCUGGGUAAGGCGCGGCGCACGCGGCUCCGUGGCACCGCGCCCGGUGAGCAGGAAGGCCCGGAGCGGGGGACGAGGGGGCUCUGGUCGUGGGAGCUGGAUACAGGGGAUGCCAGCCCGGCCCCCUUACCCCAGCCCGCGUUUACAGACUCGUGCGGUGAAUUUCCCCGCCUCCCACCCGAAGCUACGUGCCCUCAUCUCGGCCCAGCCCUGCCCGUGCACAUCCCAGCUCCCAGCUCCAGUCCCUCCUGUCUGCGGCGAGCGGGCGGGGGCGUCUCCUCCACCAGCCCACCAGCAAGGUCAGUUCGCAGCCCCCAUCCCGCAGAGCUGCGGGGUCGCAAGCAUAAAGCGAUGGACAAGACCCCCCGGAUGGGGAUGGAGGCACGGCUAUGCUAGUGGAAACCUCCCGCCCACCUCAAGCCUUUCCUUGGGAGGGGGCCAAACCCCACAGAACCAUUCCUCUCAUCUCGGUGCCCUUCAACACCCAGAGACCGGCCUGGAGAGGACUGGGCCCGACAGAGGUGGGUAGGGAAAAAGAGAGGGGCGCCGGACCCUAAACGCCUCGCGCUCACCGUGUGCUGUUCCCUCCGCUUCCAGGUGUAGCGCCCCCGCGUGGCGCGGGCGGCUGGGCGUGUCCAGCAUGACCCGCCAGAGCCUGUGGGACGUGUCGGAGGCCAACGUCGAGGAUGGAGAUAUCCGCAUCAACGUGGGAGGCUUCAAGAGGCGGCUGCGCUCUCACACGCUGCUGCGCUUCCCCGAGACUCGCCUGGGCCGCCUGCUGCUCUGCCACUCGCGCGAGGCCAUUCUGGAGCUCUGUGAUGACUACGACGAUGUCCAGCGGGAGUUCUACUUUGACCGCAACCCCGAGCUCUUCCCCUACGUGCUGCAUUUCUACCACACAGGCAAGCUUCACGUCAUGGCGGAGCUGUGCGUCUUCUCCUUCAGCCAGGAGAUUGAGUACUGGGGCAUCAACGAGUUCUUCAUCGACUCGUGCUGCAGCUACAGCUACCACGGCCGCAAAGUGGAGCCCGAGCAGGAGAAGUGGGACGAGCAGAGCGACCAGGAGAGCACCACGUCCUCCUUUGACGAAAUCCUGGCCUUCUACAACGACGCCUCCAAGUUCGAUGGGCAGCCCCUGGGCAACUUCCGCAGGCAGCUGUGGCUGGCUCUGGACAACCCCGGCUACUCUGUUCUGAGCCGGGUCUUCAGUGUCCUGUCCAUCCUGGUAGUGCUGGGGUCCAUCAUCACCAUGUGCCUCAACAGUCUGCCGGACUUCCAAAUCCCGGACAGCCAGGGCAACCCUGGUGAGGAUCCGAGGUUCGAAAUUGUGGAGCACUUCGGCAUCGCCUGGUUCACUUUUGAGCUGGUGGCCAGGUUCGCUGUGGCCCCUGACUUCCUCAAGUUUUUCAAGAAUGCCCUAAACCUUAUUGACCUCAUGUCCAUCGUCCCCUUUUAUAUCACUCUGGUGGUGAACCUGGUGGUGGAGAGCACACCCACCUUGGCCAACUUGGGCAGAGUGGCCCAAGUCCUGAGGCUGAUGCGGAUUUUCCGCAUCUUAAAGCUGGCCAGACACUCCACUGGCCUCCGCUCCCUGGGGGCCACCCUAAAAUACAGCUACAAAGAAGUAGGGCUGCUUCUGCUCUACCUCUCCGUGGGGAUCUCCAUCUUCUCGGUAGUGGCCUACACCAUCGAAAAGGAGGAGAACGAGGGCCUGGCCACCAUCCCCGCCUGUUGGUGGUGGGCCACCGUCAGCAUGACCACUGUGGGGUAUGGGGAUGUGGUCCCAGGAACCACAGCAGGGAAGCUAACUGCCUCUGCCUGCAUCUUGGCAGGUAUCUUGGUGGUGGUACUGCCCAUCACCUUGAUCUUCAAUAAGUUCUCCCACUUCUAUCGGCGCCAAAAGCAACUUGAGAGCGCUAUGCGCAGUUGCGACUUUGGAGACGGAAUGAAGGAGGUCCCUUCGGUCAAUUUAAGGGACUACUAUGCCCAUAAAGUUAAAUCCCUCAUGGCAAGCCUGACAAAUAUGAGCAGGAGCUCACCAAGCGAAUUAAGUUUAAAUGAUUCCCUACAGUAGCGGGGCGGUGGGGGACUUGUCGUCCUCAAACACAUUGCAGAGCCGCCUGUAGUGCCUCUGGCACAGGCCGGGCACCUUAGGGUUAUGGUGUAAGGAGUAUGGCCAGGCCCAAAGUGGGGAGAUGCAUGGGAUUUGCACCCCAGGUUGCUGUUACAGUAUUUAGAAUCCUUUUUAGAGGGUGGUGUGUCAUACACCAUGCCUUUGAGCCUUUCAAUGAAAUGACACUCACUGGUGUUUGCAUCUUGGACAUACAAUGUCCACAUUUCUGCUGGAUGAGUACCACUGAGAAUGCUAAUUUUUCUGUUCACUGUGUACGCUACUCUAGUGCUUGUGGCCCAGUACUGUCUGUGAGUUUUUUGUGCUUCUUUUUCUGAGGUUGUCAUGUGAGUUCUGUGCAAAAAGCCCCUACGUGUCUGUCCAGUGGAAACACAUCCGUGGGGUCAGCAAGGAUAUGAUGGGAUUUUGCUCAUGUCAUGUGAAAACAAAAUCUCAGUUCCCUAUUCAUUGCUUUCAUUUAGUUUGAAUACCAAAACAAAGGGAAUGUGAUAUGAAGCACAUGGCCAGUGCAAGUCCGUGAGUUGUUUCAGAAACGGUCUGUGCUCUGCGACUUGCAUGGGUACCCUGGUCACGUUUAGAGCCAUGUGUGCCGAUGUUCAUCUUGUAAAUGUUGUUCUUUAGAGAAUGUUACUCAGUUAAACAUGUAGUGAUGAUAGAAAUAUAUUUCCUAGAACAGAUGCUUUAGGGAGAGGGGCUUCAGCUAAGCACAGGCCAAAUUAUAGGAUGCUUCAAGACUUUUCCAAGUCAGACCUGUCUUUCCUAAGGUGACCAUGGAGACAUUUAUUUCUGGCUGAGGUUCCUGGUCUAGGUCAUUUGACCAAACUUUGCUGUGUCAUAGAUAGUAGCAUGUUUUUGAAGUAUUUAUGUUUUAAAAUGUUUAGAUAUAAGGUCGUGUCAUCUUUCUCAACUGAAACGAGGUCUACUGUUGUGUUGUUUUCCUGAGGCAAAUGUUGUCAGGUUGCUAGCAAAGGGCAGUAGCUUAGAAACUGUGUUGCCUGCUCUGCAAGCUUAUAAAAUGAGAGCCCUUUCAUUUCCUAGCAGGAUUUACUUAGAUAAUUUUGCUUCUAGGAUAUAGUAUGUUAUAUGCAAUGCUGUAAUUGCCCCAGAGUUCCUGGUAUGACAUGGAAACCUGGAGGUGCGGAAGUGUGUACUCGAAAACACAGAAAUGCAUGAAGGCUGCACUGCUUACCCAGGAGGGAAAUACUACAGUUCGUUUAUAUACAUAUAUAUAGUUCUUGUUUCUGUUUCAAUUGCCUUUUAUUGGGAGAGGGUGGGUAGAAGACAGAAAAAAAGAAAGAGUUGUGAAGCAAAACAGGGCUACGGGCAUAAAUAAUUGGAAACUUCUUGAAAAGCUUAAUGCUAUAACUCUUCCCUUCUCCAAAAUGCAUUUCCUCUUCUUCUCAGUUAACUAGCACAUAACGUUGUGAAGGGGAACCUGGGCCCCUUUGUAAGUUGGUUCUCCAUUAUCUUCUAGGUGACUGGGUGGCUUUACAUUUGGCUUCCCUUGUGGUUUGGUCUUUGGAAAACGCUGCAGAAUUCAGGGAGCUAAGCAUGGAGUUAGGCAGGCUUUUAUCCAUGGCUUGGGCCUUCCUUAACCAGGUCCAUUAUGAGUCUUAGUUGAAAGUAAUACAUACCUCAUGGGAGUGUGGUGAUGAUCUUGUCAGAAGGCUUUGUAUACUUGUAGUUGCCAUGGCUACUACAGAGCAGGCAAUUUGUUGGAUGAAUGCACUAACUGCGUACGCUCUUGAGUCCCCAGUUCAAAUCCUGUCAUCAGACAGCAGCCCCAUGAGGGGUGGGGAGGUGACCACGUCCUAGUGCCUGAUGGUCUGCCAUCUUUGUCUGUUCCUCAGAAGCAUUAGGAAAGGGUGAGAUGACUUAGGAGCAAGGCACCACUGAAUUAGAAGAGCAGGGUUAUUUUUUCAGAAUUUGCACAUGGAGCACUUGGCUUUGGCUGAUGUUGCCAGCACUGGAAGCCAGAGAAUUUAUAAAAAAAAUCAACCCUAGUUGCACUGAAGGCAGGUGAUGGUACAAAGUCGUAAGAACUGUUCAGUUUGCCAGAACUGAUGGUAUCAGGUCAAUGGGCAUGGUAUCCUGGUCAUUGACCACAGAGCAUGUGAAAAGUGGAGACAAGGAAAGAGGCAGAAUAACUCAGUCACUCUGAUGGGUAUUUUUCUAAACAGGCAUGUUUUACCACCAAAAAAGAGAUACCCCUAGUGCUUACUCUUUGCAGACGUGAAAGCUGGAAUACUUGACUUUUCAUUUUGGUAAUGACUUGCAUUUAUCAGGUGCCUUUCAUUAGGGGAAUCCCAAAGUGCUUUAGAGACUGUCUUUUUAACAUCUCGUGUACAUAUAUAUACUUGUAUAAAAUUUUACUUUGCCCAUCCUGGAACUUCAGUCACUUCUGAGGAUGAGAAUGUCCUAAUAGCAACAAGUUCUCCAAACGAUGGUUUCAGAUGAGAGCGAGAGAGAACAACCCAGCGGCCCCAAACAUGAGUUAAUUCCCACAAAAAAUGGGGAAUGAACUAUGACCCAGGAAUAAAUACCCUCCCUUUCCCCUGAAGUACCACCAGGGUAUGAACGUCACAAGUGCUCACGACUGGGCUGUGAUGGAUCUUGCUAGAUAACAUCUUACGUAGCAGUUUCUUCUGGCCCCUAGAGCUAAUCAGGGAGGGUCAGGUUAAUUUCCUGCUCUGUUUCUGGAGUUAAGAAUAUAUGUAUGAAAUGGCGUCAUUGGCCACCAGGCUGUAAGACUGACCCAUUAAUCUCCUUUAGGGGCCACAGUAGAAGCUUCAGGUCACUUACUGCCAGCUUAUUGCCAUGGCUUGACAGCAGCUUCACUUCCAGAAUAUUUGGAGGUCGUUCUUUUCAAUGCCGUUAGGAUGAAUAUAUGUGCCAGGCUCUUCUCAUCGUAUAUGUGAUGAGCAUUUUGAAAGUGCAGCUUCAGAAGUGAUACUGUGUCUUUAUUGCAUAGAUGCACAUCCGUGAUAGGUUUGUGUUUCCUGCCAAACCCCCACGUGUCCCGGGUCUGCUACUGAGGAGCGAGCGGCAUGUUGUAAUGCCGGGCUGAUUGGUAGCUCCUAAGGUAGUAAUUGGUGUUUAAUAUUUGGAUUUGUUAUUUCUACUUAUCUUAGUCCUCAAAUAAUUGAACUACCUGCUAAUUCUUGCCUCAUUUCAAGGAAAAUGAUUUGUUAUGCAUUUUGGGACAGCAGUGAUCUGUACGGCUGUGUGUUAUCUACUCGAAGGCUUAACUGGUAUUUCUUGUAUGUUUUAACAGCAUGACUUGUUACAGAGUUGUAAUUUAAAAAUCGAGAACGCUGUGUUUGCCAUGUCAGUUUUCACACUCAUUAACACGCUACCGCGCGAGCACUGGCGCGGCCCACUGUGCUGUUGUGUCUGAUGACAGCACUUCAGUCCCUGAGCCCCAGCUCCGAACGAGGUACCACUCACACACUCGACUCCGCCCCUAAUAGUAUGCAGAUUCCGUAGAAAAAACUUUCCGCUUCCGCUUCUGCUUCCAUAGGGCACUUCAGUGACGUGGGGAGUGGCGAACACGGGGCACUCAACGCUAGGGACUGCCUUCCUGAGAAAGGCUGCACUUUGUGAGCGUUUGUUGGGAAGGAGGAGCUCUUAUUUACUCGUCGCAGGCAUAGAGAGCAGGGCCCCCAGUUUUACUAGGACCUAGAGCCACAGACCUGCCUUGUAGGAGGAAUGGCCAUUUACUCUUGGAGCCCGUGGGAAAUGGACACUCCCUGAAGGAUUUCCCCUUCCACACUGUCUUGCUCAGCACCAGGGAUGGGCUUGUCGGUAACAGCCCCACCCCACUGGGUGCUGUUCCCCCUGUUGCUGUGGUACCUUCCUGACAGUGAUUUGGGUGCUAGGUAUCCUGAGCGUCCUGGCUGGUUUGGCAUGGAUAUCGCUGAGGGAUACAAACCAGCCCCCAG